AUGUCGGCCAGGAUGAGGCGCAACGUCAAGAUACUGUUCCUAGUCGGCGUGGCGUGGUUUUUCGCGCUGUUUUACUUCAUGCAGACGGAUUCGGCGCAGGCGAAGGAGGAGAACAUAGCGCUGCGCCUAAUAAAGCAGCACGCGGACGUCGAAGAGACAGAGAGCAGCCCAGCUUCCUCCGAGGACUCGUACGGCGCGGGGAGCACGGGCAAGGCGUACUUCGACGAAGGGGGAUACGUGUCGGGAGGCGUGCGGGACAACGACCCGUACGUGCGCAACCGCUUCAACCAGGCCGCCUCGGACAACCUACCCAGCAACAGGGCGGUCCCCGAUACGAGGAAUGCUAUGUGCCGUUUGAAGAAAUACGAGGAUGACCUUCCAGAGACCAGCGUCAUCAUAACGUUUCAUAACGAAGCGCGUUCGACGCUUCUGAGGACGAUUGUCAGUGUCCUUAACCGAAGCCCGGAGCAUCUGAUCAAGGAAAUUAUACUCGUUGAUGACUUUAGUGACAAUCCCGAGGACGGUGCCGCCCUGCGAGCGAUCCGAAAGGUGCGCGUCAUCCGGAACAGCAAGCGCGAAGGUCUGAUGAGGUCCAGGGUACGGGGCGCUGAUGCCGCCACUGCGCCAGUUCUGACCUUCCUCGACUCGCACGUAGAGUGCAACGUCCACUGGCUGGAGCCGCUCUUGCAGAGGAUUAAAGAGGACCCAACGCGGGUCGUGUGCCCCGUCAUCGACGUCAUCAGCAUGGACACUUUCCAGUACAUCGGCGCGUCGGCGGACCUCCGUGGCGGUUUCGACUGGAACCUAGUCUUCAAGUGGGAGUAUCUGUCACACGCCGAGCGCAGUGCCCGCCUGAGCGAUCCCACCCAGGUGAUUAGGACGCCCAUGAUCGCUGGCGGUCUGUUCAGUAUGGACAGGGAGUACUUCAGCAAGCUGGGCAAGUACGACAUGAGAAUGGACGUGUGGGGCGGUGAGAAUCUCGAAAUCUCCUUCAGGGUGUGGCAGUGUGGUGGCUCUUUAGAGAUCGUGCCUUGCUCGCGGGUGGGGCAUGUAUUCCGCAAACGCCAUCCCUACACCUUCCCUGGGGGUUCCGGGGCGGUGUUUGCCAGGAAUACCAGGAGAGCUGCUGAAGUCUGGAUGGACGAUUACAAGGAGCUGUACUAUCGCUCACAACCACUGGCCAAGCAGGUUGAUUUCGGAGAUAUCUCAGAGCGUGUUCAUCUGCGCGAGAAGCUGCAUUGCAAGCCUUUUCGGUGGUAUUUGGAGCACGUAUACCCUGAGCUUCAGGUGCCGGCCAUAGGUGGUGUGUCACACGCCAUCAGACAGGGAUCCCGCUGUAUGGACACAAUGGGACACCUAGUCGACGGCACUCUAGGUAUGUACCCCUGCCACAACACGGGCGGGAACCAGGAGUGGCGGUACGAGAACGGCCUCAUCCGCCACAGCGGCCUCUGCGUCUCCCUAUCGGCGGACGACCGGGUGACCGCCGUUCUAGCCGCCUGCGACGCCACCGACGACGCGCAGAUGUGGAGGCGGCACGGGCUGAUGAUAAGGCACGCCAAGCUGAACGCCUGCCUCGACUCGGACAGGCCAGCGCUGUAUUUAGAGCAGUGCGACGAGAGCAAGUUGAGCCAGCAGUUCACGUUU